AUGAAAAAAAAUACCCUCUUUAUUACAGAGGAAUCAGAACUCCUGGAGGAACAUACCAAUGAACAAAUAAAUUUAGAGAGUGAUGAAAACAUACUCGAAAGUAAGGAAACAACCGAAUUUACAAGUCCCACCACUUCACAAACUCCUUCUCAAACUAUCACUACUGAAAGCGGUAUAACAUUAUCAGAAGAACAAAAGACUAUUAUAAAACUAGCUAAGGAUGGUCAUAAUAUUUUUUACACUGGCAGCGCUGGUACAGGUAAAUCGGUUCUGUUGAGAGAACUUAUAAAGGUUUUGAAAUCUCAGCAUGGAUCUGAUAGUGUGGCAGUUACAGCCUCGACGGGUUUAGCAGCUUGUAAUAUAGGAGGAACAACGGUGCAUUCUUUUGCAGGUAUUGGAUUAGGUAAAGAAGAUGCAGAAAGACUAGUGAGUAAAGUCUACAAGUCUAUAAGACACAGAGAAAGAUGGAAGAAUAUUAAGAUUUUGGUUAUCGAUGAAAUAUCAAUGAUUGAUUCAUCAUUGUUAGAUAAAUUAGAUUACAUAGCAAAGAAACUAAGGAAAAAUAAUUUUCCUUUUGGUGGUAUUCAAUUAAUCUUCUGUGGUGAUUUUUUUCAAUUGCCGCCAGUUAAGAAAACAAAUGAUCCUACAGUGAAAAAAGCAUUCGAAUCUGACCUUUGGAACAAUGCAUUCAACAUAACUGUUAAGUUGGAAAACGUAUUCAGACAAAAAGGUGACUUGGAAUUUAUAAGUAUGUUGGAAAAGGCAAGGUUGGGCAAGAUAGAUGAUGAAACUGAAAAGCAAUUUAAACAAUUGGAUAGAAUGUUGGAUAAUGAUGAUAUAGCACCUGCUCAAUUGUUUCCAACAAGGAAAGAAGUAGAAAUUGCUAAUAUAUCGCAGUUGAGAAUUUUAAAGGGCGAUAUAUAUGCAUAUACCUCAAUUGAUGGUGGUUCGAUAAAAGAUCCAAAAAUGAGACAAAAUUUAUUAGAAAACUUUAUGGCUCCUAAAGUUUUACCAUUAAAAGUAGGAGCACAAGUAAUGAUGAUUAAAAACGUUGACAGCACAUUGGUAAAUGGUUCCUUAGGGAAGAUAGUAGCGUUUAUUAAUCAAGAUGUUUAUGCGUAUUUCUUGAAGGUAAUUUUAUCAGAGGAUUCGUCAAUAGUAUCAUUUUUACAAAAAUAUCAGGAUAAUAUGGACUUGUUAAAACUUAAAGUUUUAUCAGACCCAAGUGAUAGUGAUGAAGCAACAGUAAGACAAAAAAUAUCAAAAGAAAUGUUCUGUAAGCCAGAUUCAGGAGCUCCACAGAUGGAUGUGGAUGAAUUAUUUGGGUCAUUAUUCUCAACUGCAAAAAAUCUUUUUCCUGAAUAUACUUUAUCACAAGAAAAUUUAGAAUUAGUCAAAAAAGUUUUCAGUAAUUUAUGUGAGAAUACAAAACACAAUAAAAAAUUUCCUUUGGUUUUAUUCAAGACAUCUGAUUUAAAAGAUAGGUUGGUGUUGGUGAGUCCUGAAGAUUGGUCUAUUGAUGAUGAGAAAGAAAAAGUUUUAGUAUCAAGGGUACAAUUACCACUAAUUUUAGCAUGGGCACUAUCCAUUCACAAGUCGCAAGGGCAAACUAUUCCUAAAUUACAAAUAGAUCUUAAAAAGUAUUUGAAGUAG